AUGCUUGUGCCGAAAAAAGCCUGCCAAACUCGUGACCUUCAAAUCGAUCAAAAAGCAUAUAUCCCAGAACCAGGACGCACGCCAAAAUGGAUAAUGCGUAUAAUUGGCCGACGCAUGGUGCACGUGGUGUGGGGAACCUUUAGCCUCUUAUUAGUAGUUAACCUUAUAAGAGAUUAUAAUAAGACUUUAAUCUUAUUUACUCUUAAGAAUAGUAAAGAAUAUAAAAGAAAGUUCUUUAAUAAAAAAAUAAGUUUUAAAAAAAGCUAUAUAGUAAAGGAACUUCCUAAAAUUAAGAAACUAAACUAUAAUAACUAUAAGCUUAUACUAAAAUAG